CCUGGCCUCCGCAGGCGCCUGUGUGGCUCGGGCCCCUGGAGGCGGUGGAACCUAGGGACAGCCUGGGCGACACCCUGCCAGGCAGUCCCAACGAGAGCCCCAUUUACAUUAUGCAAAAGCCUCACCCCGGCUGCGUGGAGAGGGAAAGUCAGAUACCCCAAGUCCAGGGCCACCUCUCCGGAAAUCCAGCUAGGACUUUUUCCCCCCGCCCGCGACUGAAAAAGCUCCAGGAUUGACGUUUUAAACAAAACCGGUCUGUUUGCAUACCCUCCGUUUGCAUGCAUUUGUCUUUGAGCUGAAGGGAGCAACUGUGUAUAAGGAGGCGAAAUGGGGACGAUUUACUCAGAAUUUCAAUUUCAGGAGACUGAGGAUUGGGGUGGGUCACAAGUAUAACUCAAAGCCUUGUCUCGUUUGGUAAACUGAGGCCCAGGUAAACGAUUCUAAAACCUGCAGCUCGCUGAGAGCAACCUUUCACACUCUGUUCCUCAAGGCCCCCAGAGAAGCUGACCCCCCUCAAAUCCCUGUCUUAACCAGGUAAUGCCACAGGCACCAGAGCAAAGAGAACCCACAACCGUCCAGAGGAAGGGUCAGUGGGUGCCACCUGCUUUGCACCUGUGCCUUCACCCUGCCCAGUUCCUGAGGAGGACCGCAGGCCCGGAAGGCAGAGGCAAACAGCCCUACAACUGGGCUCUAAUCCCGCCCCCUUUCAUAGGCAUGAAACUAGGAAGCAUCUGGGCAACUGCUGACCAUUCUGUUUAAACGGCCCAACCUGGUCACAGGGCGUGGCGUGGCCAUGCCAGGCACAGGGCUGUCUGGCCAGCAUGUCACUCUGGGGGGUGCGCCUGGUCAGCCUGCAGCUUUCCCUCUCCUGCUGUUGGGCUUUCAGCUGCCACAACACCCUGUCCUCCCCUGACUUCAGCCUCCCUGGGGAUUACCUGCUUGCAGGCAUGUUCCCUCUCCACAGUGCCCCUCUAGAGGCGAGAGGAAGACCCACGGUGACCUUCUGUGACAGGUCCAACAGCUUCAACGGCCAUGGCUACCACCUCUUCCAGGCCAUGCGGUUCAGCAUCGAGGAGAUAAACAACUCCACCGCCCUGCUACCCAAUGUCACCCUGGGGUACGAGCUGUACGAUGUGUGCUCAGAGUCAGCCAACAUGUAUGCCACGCUAAGCAUACUGAGCACGCUGGGGAGGCGCUAUGUGGAGAUCCAGGGAGGCCCUGCCCACUUUUCCCCUGCGAUGGUGGCAGUGAUCGGGCCUGACAUCACCAGCCAUGCUCUCGCCACUGCAGCCGUGCUGAGCCCCUUCCUGGUGCCCCUGGUCAGCUAUGGAGCCAGCAGCAUGGUGCUAAACGCGAGGCGGCUCUACCCCUCUUUUCUGCGCACCAUCUCCAGUGAUAAGCACCAGGUGGACAUCUUGGUGCUGCUGCUGCAGAGGUUCGGGUGGGUCUGGAUCUCCAUCGUGGGUGGUGAAGGUGACUACGGGGAGGUAGGGAUACAGGAACUGGAGUACCAGGUCACCCGGCAGGGCAUCUGUGUUGCCUUCAGGGACAUUGUGCCUUUCUCCGCCCGACCGGGCGACGAGCGGAUGCAGAGCAUGAUACGCUGCCUGGUCCAAGCCAGGACCACCGUCGUAGUGGUUUACUCUGGCAGACAGGUGGCCAGAGUGUUCUUUGAGUCUGUGGUGCUGGCCAAACUGACUGCCAAGGUGUGGAUAGCCACAGAAGACUGGGCCAUCUCUAGUCACAUCAACAGCGUGCCCGGGAUCCAGGGCAUCGGCACAGUGCUGGGUGUGGCCAUCCCGCACAGGCAUGUCCCUGGCCUGAAGGAGUUUGAAGAGGCCUAUGUCCGGGCUGACAAAGGAGUUCUCAGGCCUUGCCCCCAGGGCUCCUGGUGCAGCAGCAACCAGCUGUGUACAGAAUGCUGGGCUUUCACGGCACAGGCGAUGCCCACGCUGGCGGAGUUCUCCAUGAGCUCUGCCUACAAGGCGUACCAGGCUGUCUACGCCGUGGCCCAUGGCCUCCACCAGCUCCUGGGCUGCGCCUCUGGAGCCUGUUCGAGGGGCCGGGUCUACCCCUGGCAGCUUCUGGAGCAGAUUCGCAAGGUGAAUUUCCUUUUACACAAAAACGCUGUGACAUUUAAUGACGAUGGCAGUACCCUCAGCAACUAUGACAUAAUCACCUGGGACUGGAGUGGCCCCAACUGGACCUUCAGGGUCAUUGGCUCCUCCUCUCCAUUUUCAGUGUCGCUGGACAUAAAUACGACCAAAAUCCGGUGGCAUGGAAACGCCAACCAGGUGCCUACGUCUGUGUGUUCCAGGGACUGUCCUGAAGGCCACCAGAGAGUGAUCAUAGGUUUCCACCAUUGCUGCUUUGAGUGUGUGCCCUGUGAGGCCGGGACCUUCCUCAAUAAGAGUGACCCCUAUAGAUGCCGGCCUUGUGGGAAAGAAGAGUGGGCACCUGAGAGAAGCGAGACCUGCUUCCCACGCAUCGUGGUGUUUUUGACGUGGCACGAGCCAGUCUCUUUGGUGCUGCUGGCAGCUAAUACGCUGCUGUUGGUGGUGGUGGCUGGGACUGCUGGCCUGUUUGCCUGGCACCUAGACACCCCUGUGGUGAGGUCAGCUGGGGGCCGACUGUGCUUCCUCAUGCUGGGCUCCCUGGCAGGGGGGACUUGGGGCCUCUAUGGCUUCUUUGGGGAGCCCACACUGCCCACGUGCUUACUGCGCCAAGGCCUCUUUUCCCUUGGUUUUGCCAUCUUCCUGUCCUGCCUGACGGUCCGCUCCUUCCAACUUGUCUUCAUCUUCAAGUUUUCUGCCAGGUUACCCACCUUCUUCCGUGCAUGGGUCCAAAACCAUGGUGCUGGCCUGUUUGUGAUGAUCAGCUCAACAACCCAGCUGCUUAUCUGCCUAGUUUGGCUUGCAGUGUGGACCCCACUGCCGACCAGGGAAUACAAGCACUUCCCUCAACUGGUGGUGCUUGGCUGCACAGAGGCUAACUCACUGGGCUUCAUGCUGGCUUUUACCUACAAUGGCCUCCUCUCUGUCGGCGCCUUUGCCUGCAGCUACCUGGGCAAAGACCUGCCAGAGAACUACAGUGAGGCCAAAUGUGUCACCUUCAGCUUGCUACUCAACUUCGUGUCCUGGAUCGCCUUCUUCACCAUGGCCACUGUCUAUCAGGGCAAGUAUCUGCCCGCGGUCAACGCGCUGGCCAUGCUGAGCAGCUUGAGUGGCUGCUUCAGCGGUUAUUUCCUCCCCAAGUGCUACGUGAUUCUGUGCCGCCCGGACCUCAACAGCACCGAGCACUUCCAGGCCUCCAUCCAGGACUACACCAGGCGCUGUGGUUCCACCUGACCACUGGAUCGAGCAUGGUCAAGCCUGGCGGGGCGGACUCAGGGGCGAAGGUGGAACAGGGGCGUCCAGGACCUGGGGUGUCCGGGAGGCUCCUCAGCCUUGGCGUGCGAAGUGUAAGCCCACGGGAGGGCUCAGUCCGGGCUGCGCCGGCUGCCAAUAAAAGUGA